AUGGCCAGUUCCAAGCCCACCGGCCCCGAAAUCCACAGCGCCGUCAAUCUCCUAAUCGACAACCUAGUGAAUAUCAAAGAUGAAACAGGCAAAUUCCUGCUCCCCCUCCCAGACGGCCGCAUAAUCGACACCAAGUCAUGGGCCGGCUGGGAAUGGACGCACGGCAUUGGCCUGUACGGAGUGUGGAAAUACUACGAGCUGACCGGCGACGAGCGCCUGCUCAAGAUCAUUGAAGACUGGUUCGCCGACCGCUUUGCCGAGGGCGGCACAACCAAGAACAUCAACACAAUGGCCGUCUUCCUCACACUGGCCUACGUCUACGAGAAAACCGGCAACGUGACAUAUCUCCCGUGGCUGGAUUCUUGGGCCGAAUGGGCCAUGCAUGAAUUGCCGCGCACCCGGUACGGCGGUAUGCAGCAUAUCACGUACAUCACCGAGAACUAUCAGCAGCUGUGGGAUGAUACGUUGAUGAUGACCGUGAUGCCGCUGGCGAAGAUUGGAAAGUUGCUCAACAGGCCUGAAUACAUCGACGAGGCCAAGAAGCAGUUCCUGACGCAUAUCAAGUAUCUCUUCGAUACCAAGACUGGAUUGUGGUUCCAUGGAUGGACCUUCGAGGAUGGUGGUCACAAUUUUGCCGAUGCGCGCUGGGCCCGCGGUAACAGUUGGGUCACCAUUGUUAUUCCUGAGAUCAUUGAAUUGCUUGAUUUGCAGCCCAAUGACCCCAUUCGUCUUCACCUGAUUGAUACCCUUGAAGCACAGUGUGAGGCUUUGCAGCGUCUGCAGUCUCCCUCGGGCGCGUGGCACACUCUUCUCGACCACCCCGAUUCCUAUGUCGAGGCCUCUGCCACUGCUGGCUUUGCUUAUGGUAUUUUGAAGGCUGUCCGGAAACGCUAUAUUGGUCCCCAGUAUCGCGAGGUGGCGGAGAAGGCGAUCGCUGCUGUUAUGGGUGAUAUUGAUGAGCGGGGUGAGCUGCAGAAUACUAGCUUUGGUACUGGCAUGGGUGACUGUCUUGAUUUCUACAAGCAGAUCCCCUUGACGUCUAUGCCUUAUGGCCAGGCUAUGGCUAUUAUGGCUUUGGGUGAGGCGUUGCGAGGUCUGCUUUGA